AUGUUUCGUACCAUCCUACUGACCACCGCCUUCGCCGUCUACACUCAGUACGAUGGCGCGGCNCCCCCGGUCAACUAUAGACCCCCAGUUCCACAGGCACCACCUCCUCAGGUCAACUAUGGACCCCCUGCUCCGGCUCCACAACCUCGUCCAGUCCAGUAUGGACCAGCACUCCCGCCUAGACCACAAUAUUAUCCUCCUUUUCUACCUCCGCUAGUCCUGACGCCGAUCAUUCUUCCUGAACUUCCUGCUCCACAAGAAUUCCUCUAUCCCGAUCCGAUCUACCCUUCAUAUAAUGGACCGAGCGAGUGCGAACCACAAAGCUCAGGCGAUAGCUGCCAGAACUGUCCCAGAAUACAAUCUGCAUGCUAUGGAACUACUGGAACCUGCUUCCGCCCACAAAUCAGCAUGGUAAGAAACCGAAAAUGCAUGGCUAUCGCCUCCUGCGGAGUUGGUAACUACACCCUCGAAACUGCUCAGAUGGCUGAACUCAGUUCAGGAAUGGGAAUUAACAAGCUCAUCAGAUGCAAUGGAUGGGAUUGGCAAGCAGAGGACAUCAACGGUGCCAUUGUCGACGCCAGCUCACUACGUUGCGUUCCACCCGUUGCCCCCGUUACGCCUGUUGCGCCCAUUGCGUAA